AGGUGUUGCGCGAAUCGACCUGGGACGCUGAUGCCGCACAACGGCGAGCUCAACGAGCCCGACGACGACGGCAAGCAGCGACCUGGAAGGGGAGGAGGGGCAUGCCUGGGCCGCCGCGCUUCCUCGACCGCUGUGACACCCUCCAUGAUGGGCGCCCCAAGAUUCUUCGGCCGCAGGAAGCGUCUGGCGGCAGCGGCGCGUCUCCGGCCAAAUCCGGUCAAAUCCAAUGGAAAAACAGCCCUCCUGCCCGGCCAAGCGACCAAGCCCCAAUAGCAGAACCCAAUGGUCGUCACGCAGCAGAUGCUGUCCAACCAAGUUUGUGUUUCCACAUUGCUUCUUAUGGCAUUGAAAGCGUCUUCAAAGGCUUCCUCUUCCUCAUACUUGUACAUGCAAGCACUGAAAUCAGCAAGUACAUUUGGUCCAUCCUCGUCUUUUUUCUUAUGAGGAACGUGUUGAACAACCAUUUGAAUGAUUCAAAUGUCUCAUCAUAUAAAAGUGCAGCACCAAAAAUGACCAUUUCUCUAAAAUGGUUGAAACCAACAAACACACCGAAGGGUCUGUACUCUUUGUUUGUCCCAAAUGUUGUAUCGAAGGUAACAACAUCACCGAAAUGAGCAUAGUCAAUUAUCAUCCUUGCAUCAGCCCAAAAGAUAUUUGCUAUAUUUUCAUCGCAAUCUAGUUGCAUGUCAUAUUCAAAUGCAGGAUUCUCAUUCUUUUUAUCUCUAAAAUACUUGAGCAUACUUCCAGCUUCACCAUACAUCAAGUCCCUUU